GGUUUGGAUUGCCCAGAUCAAAAAUGGAGGCCCAUGUUGGUCUUUGGAUAUGUUCUAGAACAUUUCUGACGUCCGUUUCGUACGUCCCAACCGCGGUAGUGUCCCCGGAAGCCGAGCAGCUAACAUAAGCAACAGUUCUUGCCCGCCUUUAUGAUGGCUACGCCGGCUUCCUUCAGUGCCGACUUAAUGCGCAGGCUCACAGGAACUGUAGGAAGCCUAUACUGGCCGGGGCGCCUGGGUGUUCUACUUUGCUGUGUGACGUAGAAGGGGUAUCAUCUGCUCCCGGACUGUGUUGAAAAUAAACAAUCAGCAACGCGGUUGGCGAAUUUUGAAGCGCUGAGCUGAGAAAUCGAUUACUUGACGAGCACCACUCAUCCAUCGCGAAGGGUUCGUUUUAGAAAAAGCUAUUUAUUUUAAGGAGGACUGAUCACUUUUUGGCAUUCUCUCGUCCCACCGUCCGAGUUGUAACAAAGAAGGGGUGCAAUGGAGACUCCAUUCUCCCUGCGGGUGAGCGUGUCGUCGGACCAGGGAGGAAGGAAGUAUAUGGAGGAUGUCACUCAGAUACUAGUGGAACCAGAGCCGGGGGAGGACGAGCUGCCUUGGUCGGAGGGAGAGGAAGAGACACCGGCUAAAAACUGCAGGAGGGAGAGUGGGAGCAGGCAGACUCUUGCCUUCUUCGCUGUUUAUGAUGGGCACGGGGGUCGGGAAGCCGCCCACUUUGCUCGGGACCGUCUUUGGGGGCAUAUCAGCAAACAGAAAGGCUUCCUGUCCCAAGAUCCCGAGGAAGUGUGCGGCGCCAUCCGCAAGGGCUUCGUGGCUUGUCACCAUGCGAUGUGGAAAAAGCUCCCUGAAUGGCCUAAGACCAUGACCGGUCUCCCGAGUACGUCCGGAACCACAGCCAGUGUAGUUAUUAUCAGAGGCAAUAAGAUGUAUGUGGCCCAUGUGGGAGACUCAGGUGUUGUGUUUGGACUGCAGAAUGGCACAAGAGACACUCUGAAGGCUGUCGAAGUGACCCAGGACCACAAGCCUGAGCUUCCUCGGGAGAGAGAGCGAAUUGAAGGCCUUGGUGGCAGUGUUAUAAACAAAUGUGGAGUAAACAGAGUGGUGUGGAAAAGGCCUCGUUUGACACACAAUGGUCCUGUAAGAAGAAGCACAGUGAUUGAUCAGAUUCCAUUCUUGGCUGUGGCUCGGGCUCUUGGUGACCUGUGGAGUUAUGAUUUCUAUAGUGGCGAGUUUGUGGUGUCACCGGAACCAGACACCAGUGUGCACACUAUUGAUCCCCAGAAGCACAAGUUCAUCAUUAUAGGCAGUGAUGGUCUCUGGAACAUGGUGUCUGCACAGGAUGCCAUAUCUAUGUGUCAGGAGCAGGAGAGAGCCUGUGUAACUGGAGAUCAUGGACAGACAUGCGCAAAGAUGCUUGUGAGUCGAGCUCUGACCCAAUGGCGACAACGCAUGCUACGAGCUGAUAAUACCAGCGUUGUUGUGAUCUCCAUCUCUCCCCUGACAGAAAAGCCAAGGAGCUGUGUGGGUGAGGAGCUGUUCCUAAACCUGGCUGAGAAUCCCUCCUAUAAUAGUCAGGACAUGUGUCACUUGUCUUCCACACCAUGCUCCACUCCUCCUAUCAAGUUCCUAGAUGAAGAUUCGUGGUGGAAGCUGAGCUUCUCUGAACCCCUUCCAACUCUUGUACGCCGGAAUGCUUUCUCCUCAAAAUGGAGCAGUGAGGCAGAAAAAUCUAAGGCUGACAUUUAUUCCCCUACUCUUGAGGAUGUGGGAUUGUCUGAAUCAAAAGGCAGUCUUUCUCAGUGGCCCAGUGAUGACCCUUCUAGCUGUCUUUUCCCUGGCAGUUCUUCAGCUGCUAGCUCUGUUGGCAAAACUGCAAAGGUCCAAAAUAGCAGCCAGACCAAGAAGACCGAAUCGGAAAGGUUGGCCUCCUUGAAACGGACGCUGGAGGAAUCGAACAGUGCACCAGCAGUGAAGAAACUUAAGAGAAACUUCCCUAGGAAUAGCACGGGGCAGACUGAGCUCCCAUCCACCACGCCAAAACGCAGAAGUGCGGACAGAGUGACAAUGAGGCGCAGCCUUAGAGGGCAGAAGAAACUUGGACAUCCUUUGUUACAGCAGCACAGAAAAACAAUAUGUGUCUGUUAAGAUGCUGAUUUUGAUCUCUACUAAUGUUUCAUAAUUGACAAAUUGUUGCGGACCUCAUACGUUUGAGCUCAAUAGCUUAAUAUCUCUUUUUACAUGAAUAAUGCUUCCGCCGUGUGUUUAUUUUUUUUAUCACUUCACAUACAAAAUCUUCUUUGUUUAAAGAUGCAGCCAGUCAGCAGUGCUGAGUUACUCUACACUUCCAGUAUUUGGUUAAUGUAUAUUUACAUUCAGCCACUGAAGCGUCUUUCUGUAUUACCUGUUGCUUGAGCAUACUUUUUAUAUAUUUUUUUUUUUUUUUUCAAACUAAAGAAAAAAGGACCAGGUAUACUGUGUAUACAACUACAGUAUCAAAAAAGCUUUUAAUCAUUCAUAUUUUAAUGUGUUUUAGUGCACAUUAGUUUUAAAUGCCCCUAACUUUUUACUUACCCCUCAGCGCAGAUUCAGGCAUCGGAGUUCACCGCAGCCAUCUUCUGGGUCUUCAUGUCUUCUUCUGGUGCUUCGGCAAUUUCCAUCCAUUUCGGCGCAUGCGCAGUUGUCGCAAACAGGUAAAUUGCUCCAACUGAGCAUGCGCCGAUUCGCCGGUCUCCAUCUCCGCUUACCGAAGACCCGGAAGAUGGCUGCGUGGAACUGGGGGGAAGGAGGGGGCGGGGGCCCAUAUGGGGUGGGGGUUAGGGGUCUUUUGCUAAAGGGUUGAAUUCUCCUUUAAGAAUAUGAGUGUUUUUAUGUGCAGUGAUAUAUUUAUGGUUUUAACUAAAGAAGUGAGAGGAAGCCUCUAACAUCCUGCACAAAUUGCCAGUUUUAUCCUGUCUACUUACUGGUGAUUGGAGCAUAGGAGAUUUUAUAAUUGAGGAACACCUGAUUUAUUAACUUGUGACCUUAUCUUACCACUCGAUCACAAAGAAAAUAAGAAUUAUAUGUAUAUAGAUACUUUCAGGUAUUUAAAUGUUCCGUUGUUAAUUUUCUUUUAGUGACCGUAAAUAAAUAGGCAUAGAUUGUUGUGGGCUCAGAACUGCCUCUGUGUGUGUAUAUGCAGGUAUGGGGAUCUAUUUUCUGGAAUCUUGGGACCUAGGGUUUGGGUUGUUGUCAAUGUUUUCUAGAACGGAACAUACUUGCACCCUUUGCUGCCAUUCUUGCAGAAACACAGCCUGCAAUCCAUCAGUGAGUACGUAAAGCUGCCAAAAUUGAGGUUGUGUGAUUAGAACAGUGAUCCCCAAUCAGUAGCUCGCGAUCAACAUGUUGCUCAUCAACCACUUGGAUGUUGCUCCCAAAGCAGGUGCUUUGCAGAAAGGCGGCACUCCGGUUAAAAUCAGGUCACUGACCAAAAAACACCUCCCUUAAUCACAGGCAUAUUUUGAAUUUCUGGCAAGUUUUGGUUGCAUAAAAACCAGGUGUACUGCCAAACAGAGACGCCUGUAGGAGUACCAGUCUAUAUAGGGGCUGCCAAACAGCCAACCACAGCUCUUAUUUGACAUCCCCAUGGACCUUUUCAUGUUUGUGUUGCUCUCCAACUCUUUUUUUUACAUUUAAAUGUGGCUCACAAAUAAAAAAGGUUGGGAACCCCUGGGUUAGAUUUUCUUUUGCACAAUAAGAGCAAAUGCAUCUGAAUGAUGAGCAGUUUUAAAAAAGUGAGCUACAGUGUCCUUUUAAAUGUUCUCAGCUGACUAUAAGAACCUCACUGAUUUCUCCAAAUUUGUUUAGAUAUACCUCAACCAAAGACUGCAGUAUAGUUGCACCUGCCUAAAUGUGCUAACGGAGAAUUCAAGUUCUGUGCACACACUAAUCAAUGCCGUGAUAGGUUACGGUCUAUAAAAGGGAAAAUUGGUUAAAUAAAAGCCAUUUUUGCAGUAGAUGAACAUUUGGUGUAUGAUGACCUAAAAUAGUGAAGGAUUGAUUUUUUUUAUUAGUCGAUUUAAAAGAUCUUUCAAAAGCUAAUCUUAAAUAUGCAGCCUGAAUUGACUGCUAUAAUAAGACUUGCUGCUUAAUGGAUAUGUUUUUUAUUAUUAUUGUAGAAAGCCUUUUUACAUUAAGGGGUCGAUUUAUCUGUUUACUACAGAAAAGCUCACCCACUUUCUAUUCAUUCUUAUGGGAUUUUAAGAAGUGUAUUUAUCAAAUGGUGAACUCUAACUUUCACAGAUAGGAAUGAACAGAAAAUGGGUGAUUUUUUUUUUUUCUAUGAUGAGCUCUAAUCUCUUUUGAUAAAUCUGCCUCUUAAGCAUUUAAAUAUAUCCCCCACCUAAAAUAAGUAAUAGUGGUUUGUUUCUUAUUCGUCCUUCUUUCCCCCAUGUCAGAUGAAAUGUCAUCAUGAACUACCAUACUGGAAUCCACCAGUCUUUGCAUUGCUAUAGAUAUGUCAAUAGUACAGAUGUGGGGUUAGCACACAUACAUUUAUAACUGUCCUUUAUCUUGUUUUGUAGAUAGCACAAACUGAUGUAUUUAUCAUUUUUAAAUUAUUCUGAAUUUUGUACUGGGAAAUCUUUAUGCCAGUGUGUCAUUAAAAACAUCUAUUUUCAUAAAAGCACGUUACAGAGAACAAGACACAACAUUGUUUUUAGAAGUAAAAAAUCAGCAAAAGAUUAAUUUAAAAUGGGUAUCCUUUCUUAUCUGUUUUCUGCAAAGUAGCACUGUAAAAUAUUCUGUGGAUUAAAAGACAUUGGAAACAAAAAUAAAAGAUUUACUGGUUUGUAUGAUUGACGGCUAUGCAAAUAUAUGGCACUGCUAUGGAUUUCAGGUUUUCAUCUCUAGAUGAAAAUGUGAUCAAUAUGGCCAGUAUUUUGUUUUGGUUUUUUUUUUUCUGAAAUUUGUUGUCAGUUUCUGUAGCUCGUCUUUGUUUCCCCUUCCAUUCACAUGAUAUUUUUUCUGGCACAACUUAAUGUUACUCCCGUGAUUGAACCUACAUUUGUUUUUAUACGAGAGACGUGAGGUAAAUCAAAUUGUUUCACAUUCCCCAGUGACUUUGCUCGCAUAUUAGAAAAGAAGUAUAAAGUAAAAAAAAAAAUAAAAAAAAAAAAUAUAUAUAUAUAUAUAUAUAUAUAUAUAUAUAUAUAUAUAUAUAUAUAUAUAUAUAUAUAUAUAUAUAUUACAGUCCAGCGAGUAUCCGCACUCCAAGGCAACCGUUUUUUCAGCAAAUAUCGCCAGGGUGCACGGUUAAAAUAUAUAUAACCAUUUAUUUCAAGGAACCAGCACUCCCAUUUAAAACUUCAAGUAUUUAUUAUCUGCUGAACUUCUAUGUUCGACAAUGGAGAUGUGUCAACUAUUUUAUUUUUUGUGUCGUUUUAAACUGUUCCAAUUUGUUCAAAUGAAUGGAAUAGUGUGAUUUUUCAAUGUGUUUUAAUUUUUUCCUUGAUUUUACACAAUUUUAACAAAUGGGCCCCCUGUGAAACACUAAUGGAACGCCUAUCAGAACCCAGCAGACCCGAGCCUGUCAUUUUGGUGAUGCUGUGUCAUUAAAUUGUGCAUAAACUACCCGUUUCUAACAACUUGGGAAUAUGACAUCACUUUUCUAUGCGUUUUUUUUCGAUUACAAACAAUAUUAUGCUGCAAUACAAUUCCUCCGUAUUGAUAAUCCUUUGUGAGUAUAGUGGUUGUUUAUACAUAAUGAAGGAUACAUAUUUUGAUAAUCUACAAAUUUGGUCUUUUUAAUGAAAUGACACUGCCUUGCCUCACACAACACUUUAAGUAUAACCAACAUGCAACCAGUUCUUUGUAUUCAUGCUGCAAAAUAUUCUAUAAGUUAUUUUGUUUUUGGGAGCAAGAGAAAACAGACUGAAUUUCUUUGUAUACUUUCUGUACACUUGUUCAUCUUAAAUAAAUAUCAUGAUUUCAUA